AUGCCAUUCGACGAUAAACUUGGAAUGCAGAUUGCAUUCGAACAAGCCAAGAAAAGUUAUGAAGAAGGUGGUAUUCCAAUUGGUGGGGCCCUUAUCCAUGAAGAUGGAACUGUUUUAGGUCGCGGCCACAAUAUGAGAAUCCAGAAGAACUCUGCUACCUUACACGGAGAGAUCUCUACUUUGGAGAACGCGGGCCGUUUGCCUGGUUCAGUGUACAAGAAGUGCACCAUGUACACCACUUUGUCUCCAUGCAACAUGUGUUCUGGAGCUUGCAUUAUGUAUGGAGUCAAAAGAGUUGUGUUGGGCGAAAACAAGAACUUUGUGGGUGCUGAAAAGUUGUUGGAAUCGCUCGGAAUCGAAGUAGUUAACAUGGAAGACAAACAAUGUGAGGAGUUGAUGUCUCGUUUCAUCAAAGAAAGACCCGAGGAAUGGAAUGAAGACAUUGGAGAGGAAUAA